CACCAUCUACUUAUCUACAGACUACCGUAAGACCUCGUCCAGCAGCGAUCUAAGCACGAUAUAUACCGUCGCAUACCCCAUCCUCACAUCGCCUAUCCUCAUUCACAAUGUCCCUCCCCUCGACCUCAACCCCCACUCCCGCCGCCGCCACCCCCGCCACGCCCUCCUCCUCCUCCACCUUCGAAUUCCCGCGCGAGUACAACUUCCCGCCCUUCUUCACCAAGCAGACGAACCUCACGACCCUGCACGCGCAGCUCGAGAAGUGGUCCUCGCUGAUCCUAGCCUACUGCCGCCACCACCGGCUCUUCCGCCUCUCCCUCUCGUACGACGGCUCCGCGUACGAGGACCUCUUCCGCAACCGGCGCCUGAACAAGUCGCUCCGCCUCGCCGACGCGCGCGAGGUGCUGGAUUUCAUGCGCCGCGAGGGACGGGCCGAGCCUGUUUCGGGGGCCGGCUCUGGUGGGAUAAGCGGUAUAAGCGGUAUAAGCGGUAUAAGUGGCAUGGGCGGAGGGGGAGGGGGAGGAGGAGGAGGGAAGGAGGGCAGCGGCGAUGUGUUCUGGAUUUACUGGAAGACGCCGGAGGAGUGGGCCGAGCUGGUCGAGGCCUGGGUCGAGGAGACGGCGCAGAAGAACAGCGUGCUUACGCUGUACGAGUUGACGGAGGGGGAGGGCACGAGGGGGACUGAAUUCCACGGUCUCGACCCUGAUAUACUUCAAAAGGCGCUACAUGUCCUAGUGAAGCGCGGCAAGGCACAGAUAUUCGGACAGGAGGACCAGCAAGGUGUCAAGUUUUUCUGAUGUGGAAUUUUUGUGUAUUGCAUGUUCUAACGAACAUCCAUCUUCAUAUGAUAUUUACAAAAAAGUCUCGACGACCAUGGCCGGCAGCUAUGCGAGACGAUGAUAGGCAGGUGGGAACAACAGAAAUAUCCCACCCGCCGGGCCGGAGACCAACG